UCUCUCUCUCUCUCUCUCUCUCUUUUCGAAGACUCUCGAUAAGAAACUGUUCGAUUGAUGGCAAAACCAAUCGGAGAAGAUUCAAUUAGCGAGAGCGUUGCGUCAAGAUCCUCUUCUUGUUCGCAGUGGAGCCAGUGGCAACUCCUCGAUUCAAUUUUACCAACCGGAGGCUUCGCUCAUUCGUUCGGUCUCGAAGCAGCUGUUCAGACACGGUUAGUUUCAUCUCCGACAGAUCUCGAAACCCACAUCAUCCAUGUCUUGGACAACACAGCUAGCUUGUUGCUUCCUUUUGUCUACUCUUCCCUCAAAUCUCCAGACAUAGAAACAUGGCAAAGACUCGAUCUUUUACUCGACGCUACCUUAACCAACCAAGUCUCUUCAAAGGCAUCGAUCUCCCAAGGAUCAGCCUUGUUCCGAAUCGCUGCUUCGGUUUUCACCGAGAUCCCAUCUCUGAAGAUGAUCAGAGACGCCUCUUUGGGCUCCUCCAAGGAGCUGCGUUUCCACCACGCUCCGAUCUUCGGGCUUGUGUGUGGCCUUCUCGGGAUGGAUGCCGAGACUUCUCAGAGGGCGUACCUGUUUGUUACGCUGAGAGAUGUCGUCUCGGCUGCAACCAGGUUGAAUUUAGUGGGACCGAUGGGUGCUUCGGUGAUGCAGCAUCGUAUUGCAGUUGUGGCUGAAACGGUUUUAGAGAAAUGGAAGGAUCGUGAAGCUAGUGAAGCGUGUCAGACAUCUCCUUUGCUAGAUGUUGUGCAAGGUUGUCAUGGUUACUUGUUUUCUAGAUUGUUUUGCUCUUGAUGAAACACACAUUGAUGUGACUUUUAUGUUCUUUAAGUUGUAUUAAGCAUGAGAAGGAUCAAAUUAUAUGGAACUAUACUUCUGAGACAA